AUGGGUGAAUGGGGCUUCCUCGGCGGACUCUUUGAUAACCUCCAGGUGCACUCGCCGAUGCUCGGCCGCUUCUGGCUCUUUCUCAUGCUCGUGUUCAGGAUCGUGAUUCUGGGAACCGUCGCUAGUGACCUGUUUGAGGAUGAGCAAGAGGAGUUUGCCUGCAACACCCUGCAGCCGGGCUGUAAGCAGGUUUGCUACGACAUGGCCUUCCCCAUCUCCCAGUACAGAUUCUGGGUGUUUCACAUUGUCCUCAUCGCUACGCCUUCCCUGCUUUACCUCAUGUAUGCCACGCAUCACAACAACAAGAGGACCAGCCGCUCGAAAUUCAGCCAAAGCAGCCAGGGCUACAGAGAAGACCGCCACCUAAGGAGGCUCUAUAUCAUCAACGUGCUCUUCCGAAUAGCGGCAGAAAUCGGCUCUCUGGUGGGCCAGUGGUUCCUAUAUGGCUUCAAGGUGGAGGCCCAGUUCCCCUGUUCCCGCUUCCCCUGCCCCUACACAGUGGACUGCUUCACUUCCCGCCCUGCUGAGAAGACUAUCUUCCUCUGCUUCUACUUUGCUGUAGGGGUGAUAUCGGCGUUCUCCAGCAUUGUGGAGCUUCUCUACAGCUCCAUGAAAUGGUUUUGCUCCGGGAGAGCAGACCCCCUUCCCUCAGAGGGCUCCUGUACCUGCCAGAACCUCCACAACUUCAAGGAAGAGGAGGCAGCGGAGAAACCAAGAGUUAAGGCAGCACCAGGGAGCGUUCCCAGCACCGUGAGGCUGAAGGGAGGAUCGAUGAGAAGCAGCAGCGGCAGCAGGAAGGUCUCCAGCAUCGGCCACAAGUACAAGAGCGGAAGACUUGUGAGCAGCAGGACUCUCAUGGUUUAA